AUGAGUCCCUGGGGGUUCGACAAGGACCUCGAGAGGCCGGCGCCGGAAGAGGUUCUCAUGACGGGAGAGCGCGUGAUUCUCUACACGGAUCUCCGGCUCCAUCAAGAGCACUGCUUCUACACCUGGCACAGUCUCCAGAGCUUCGAGCACCAGCACAGAGCAUGGCAUUGA